CAGUCCAGGAGCGGCACGGAAGAAUCGGUCGCAGGUCCUCAAGUCCUGGGAACAUCAUUAUAAAUUUUCUCUGUAAUCUUUCAAGCUUCUUGAUAUCUUUCCUGUGGAUAGGCGACUGGAAUUGCACACAAUAUUCCAGUUACCAUCUCAGGACUGCCAGACAAUGUAGCUAGCACUGUCAGCUUCCAUGAAUAAAUCAGCCAUUGGGACUUGGGAAAAUAAAGCCCCAGAUUGCUCAGGAAUCUUAAAAGAGACAAGUACAAGUUUGGUGGAACAAUGGACUUCAAGUAGUGAAAACUACAGUAAUGUUGAGUUCAGGGCAUACAUCAUGGUGGGCAAUGUUACAUAUCUCCAGACAAUAACUUUUCAAUCUUCUAGCAAUGUGACUACUGUGACCUAUACAACCUCCACUCCCAUGACUACACGCGCUUCCAGCAACAUGACUACUAUGAACAAUGCAGCCACCACUCCAAAGACCACACAUGAUAAUAACAACACAACCUCUUCUGUGAUCAACAAUAGGACAACGCAGAUUUCCACCUCAGCUGCAAAGAAAUCCACGCCUCAAAACGCUGCAGGAAUGGUUAUCGGCUUCAAGCCACUGUUCCAGGCACUUGAGGACCUUGAUAUCAAGGACGAAUGGACUGUUGUUAAAGAGGCAGUAUAUGAAACUUGUGAGAAAGUGCUGAGAAAAAGGACAUUUAAGCAUAAGGAGUGGAUUAGACCAGGAACAAUGGAAAUAACCAGAUGAGAACACGCAAAGAAAAAUGCAAUUGAAGCGGAACUAGGAAGAAGAAAGCAGAGGCACAGAGGGAAUAUGAGAGAUUACACAAGGAAGUAAGAAGAAACAUCAAGAGAGACAGGAGAGAGUACAGCAACACCCUUGUGUUACAAGCAGGAGUAAAGUAAAAAUGUCAUUAUCAAAGUAUAUACAUGUCUCCACAUACAACUCUGAGAUUCCUUUUCUGUGGGCAUACUCAGCAAAACUGUAGAACAGUAACUGUAAACAAACUGUGCAAAUGCAGAUGUA